AUGGUGGAUAUUAUUUUUCCCUGUCCUUUUCUAGGUGCUAUGGGGGAUCUCUCCAAGAAGAAGCCCGGGACGGCCAUGUGCGUGGGCUGCGGGAGUCAGAUCCACGACCAGUUCAUCCUCCGCGUGUCGCCCGACCUGGAGUGGCACGCCGCCUGCCUCAAGUGCGCCGAGUGCAGCGAGUACCUGGACGAGACCUGCACGUGCUUCGUGAGAGACGGAAAAACCUACUGCAAGCGGGACUACGCCAGGCUGUUCGGUAUCAAGUGUGCCAAGUGCCAGGUGGGCUUCAGCAGCAGCGACCUGGUGAUGCGGGCGCGGGACAGCGUGUACCACAUCGAGUGCUUCCGCUGCUCGGUGUGCAGCCGCCAGCUGCUGCCCGGGGACGAGUUCUCGCUGCGGGAACACGAGCUGCUGUGCCGCGCCGACCACGGCCUCCUGCUGGAGCGCACGGCGCCCGGCAGCCCGCGCAGCCCCGGCCCGCUCCCCGGCGCCCGCGGCCUGCAUCUGCCAGACCCCGGGCCCGGCCGCCAGCCCUCGCUGCGCCCGCACGUGCACAAGCAGGCGGAGAAGACGACCCGCGUGCGCACCGUGCUCAACGAGAAGCAGCUGCACACGCUGCGGACCUGCUACGCCGCCAACCCGCGGCCCGACGCGCUCAUGAAGGAGCAGCUGGUGGAGAUGACCGGCCUGAGCCCGCGGGUCAUCCGCGUCUGGUUCCAGAACAAGCGCUGCAAAGACAAGAAGAAAUCCAUCCUCAUGAAGCAGCUGCAGCAGCAGCAGCACAGCGACAAGACGAGCCUGCAGGGCCUGACCGGGACCCCGCUGGUGGCCGGGAGCCCCAUCCGCCACGACAGCGCGGUGCAGGGCAGCGCCGUGGAGGUGCAGACCUACCAGCCGCCCUGGAAAGCGCUCAGCGAGUUCGCGCUGCAGAGCGACCUGGACCAGCCCGCCUUCCAGCAGCUGGUGUCCUUCUCCGAGUCCGGCUCCCUGGGCAACUCGUCCGGCAGCGACGUGACCUCGCUGUCCUCGCAGCUCCCGGACACCCCCAACAGCAUGGUGCCCAGCCCCGUGGAGACGUGA